AUGUCUAACCAAAACAACAACAACAACAGCACCGGCAUUCAUCACUACCAGCAUCAUCAGCAUCAGCAGCAGGAGGAAGGCUUGCUCCACUCAAACCACUCCUCCUCCUCUUCAAAAAGCACCGACCAGCGAAUAAUAACGCUGAACGAGCACGAACACUACGAGAAGGUGAAACACCUCGGCGAUGGCGCUUUUAGUACCGUCUCCCUCUACCGAAAGGUGAACCGCCGCAGCGGCGAGUCGAAGCUGGUCGCCUUGAAGCGGCUGAACAUCGAGUCGGCUGCGGCCGGCGAGCCGUCGAGUCGGAAGCAGCUGGAGCAGGCGGUCAACGAGGUGCGCAUCCUCGCCAUUCUCUCCCACGAGAACAUCAUCACCUACUACGGCAGCUUCACCCUGGGCAGUCGCGCCUUCUACAUCGAAACGGAGUACGCUGACGGAGGGACGCUGGCCGACUUCCUCGCCUCGCUGCCGGCGCCGCUGGAGGAGCUGGAGAUACUGGCGCUCUUCGUGCAGAUGGUCGCCGCCGUGCGCUACCUCCACCGGCGGAACAUCAUCCACCGGGACAUCAAAACGGGAAAUGUCUUCCUCAACACCCGUGGCUUCAUCAAGCUAGGCGACUUUGGCAUCAGCAAGCUGCUCCACUCGCAGCUCGAUGCGCGUUCAUUUGUCGGCACGCCCGCCUACAUCUGUCCGGAGAUUUUUGAAGGCAAAGCGUACAACAAACCCUGUGACAUUUGGGCACUAGGCUGCGUCCUCUACGAGAUGGCCACGCUUACCAAGACCUUUGACGCAAAGAAUCUCUCCUCGCUGAUGGCCAAGAUUGUCAAGGCCACCUACCACCCGGUGAACAGCCGCUACUCAAAGGGCUUCCAAAAGCUGGUGGGCAGUUGUUUGCAACGCAGUCCAUCGAAGCGAGCCAACAUUGAACAGGUGCUGGAGCGCGUCCAGCUGAUGAUACACAAGCUGACGCCACUGGAGGCGACCACGACGCUGAUGGCCAACAGUGCUAUUCAGGAGAACAUUGGCGCCGCCAGUGAGUCGCUGAAGGAGUACAUCAGAAAGAAAAGAGCUACGCUUGGGUCAAUGAGGAAGAGUAGCUGA